GAACCGACUUUCCCGUGCGGAAGGCCAGCAACCAUCGCGGCGAGUAUACCGAGGUCGUUCUGCGAGUCAGGAGCGCGUCGCUUGUCAAGAUGGUCGCCGCUGGCGUUCGCCACGAGCGACAGACGGCGAGCAGCAUGAAGAAGAUCAACCUGGUGGACGUGAUGAAGAUCGAGACGGCGGGCGAGCGGGACGAGCAGGUGCUGCUGCACACCAAGUCGCGCGUGUGGCAGCUGCUCGUGGACGGCGAGUCGGACCAGUUCGCAUCCACCGUGCAGAGGAAUGCCAAGAUGUACCUGCAAAAGCACAUCCCGGUGCAGCGAGUCACAGGGGAGGAGAUCCUCAUAGUCACCAACGCAAGGGCUGAGUCACUGCGAGCGUCCCCUGUGCUGUACGAGUUCUCAGUGGUGAAGAACAACGACCCCGCCAGUGGCAUGCAGAGGGAGAGGAGCCGAUACCCCUUGCGGUGUCAUUGUAGUCACCCAUCUCAACGCGCGUCCCCUGUGCUGUACGAGUUCUCGGUGGUGAAGAACAACGACCCUGCGAGUGGCAUGCAGAGGGAGAGGACGCUCGUGCUGACCAAGGAGUUUAUGGCGGAGAUGACUGGCAGCCAUGUGAUCGCGCUGCACAGUCUGAGCGACAUCCUGGGACUGGUGGUGUCGGACAAGAACGAGAGCGAGGUGAUAGUGGAGCUGAGUGGGUGGCGCGCGACGCAGUACUGUGUGGCGGACAGGGAGGCGCUCGUGGGCAGCCUGGCGGAGGUCGCCAGCCACGCCAAGGCCCGCAACUUCUCCGUCCGCCUUGAGCCCUUCGCGCAGCACACUCUGCCAGAGAAACCCUUGCCUCUCUAUCAGAACGAGUACGAGAUCUACCUGAUAGCGCGCUUCAUGACGGUGUUCCUGGCGCACCGGGAGAACCUCUCGGAGCUGACGCAGGCGGAUGUGGUGGCGCAGUGGCUGCCCAUGGUGAAGGAGUACGCCUGCAACAUGCACCCCGGCGACUCCCUCUGCAUCGACGCGCGCCCCAUGCUUGCUGUCGCCGAGAUGCUCCGAGCCAGCCUGGACUUGAAGCCAGGGCUGGGAGCAUCGUACGCGGUGACGUGCUGCUCAGUGGUGCAGCGGUUGCUGGGCACGCGGGGCGUGUUUGAGUCGGUCAAGUCCAACCCAGACUUCAUCAGCAUCCUCAUCAAGGCCCUCAAGCACCCAUCGUCCGUGGUGGCGUUUGCAGCAGCCAACACGAUCCGUGCAGCCAUAAAGCACUACUCAGCUGACUCACCCGCUCCUGACUCCCCUGCUGCUGCCAGAGCCUCCACCACCUCCUCCUUCCUCAUGCAAGCCUGGCCUGCCCAUGCGGAGGCGGCCAACAAGCACGUGGUGCUGAGUGGCGACAACCUGCAGGUGCUGGUGGCUCGGCUGCAGACAGACGCCCUCGUGCACCAGAAUGCACUGCAGGUGCAAGGCAUUCUGGAGAUCCUCACUCUCGCGCUGCACCUGCCGCCCUCGUCUGAUGCCGAGGCAGAGAAACACUGGAUGGAGACCCUUGAGAGCUCUCUGCUCGUGGCUGCUGACGUCAUCAGUGCCAUUUCCCGGAGCCGCAGCAACAUUAUGUACUGCAGUUUCAUUCGCCCUCUUCUUUCUUUCUUCCAACCAUUCUCUGUAUUCGAUAUGGCUCCCAUACCCCAGUCUCCCCUCCCCUUCUCCACCCGCAACCUCUCCCCCAAGUAUCCGUCUCCAUGCUCUCGGUAUUUCCCUCAAUGCCCCUGCUCUCCCCUCACCAGCAAUGCGCUGCUGAUCAAGACCAUAUUCACACGCUGCUCGCCUGCCUUCAUCACGCGCUUCAGGACGGUGAUCCUAUCCCGUGCAGUGGUGCUGCUGCUGCUGAAGAACGCACUGUUCAAUAAGCUGGAGAGGGCGAGGGACGUCAGCGCAGAGCUGCUGUUCCUCAUUGCUGAGAGCGAUGCCAAAACGCAGCUCCUGCUGGCGAACCUGCUCCCCAAGGAGGCUGCCAAAGCUGCCGCAGCAGGCGGCGCAAGCUCUACCCUUGCAUCCGGGCUCAAAGUCGCAGCAGCAGUGGCAGCAGCGGCAGCAGCAGCAGCCACAGCCAGCACAACCACCGGCACAGCACCGGGAAGCGGGACUGCUGCGGGAGAAGGCAGUGGGGGAGCGGUGGGGAUGGGGGGUGGGAGUGGAGGGCUGGGGGGUGUGGUGGCGCUGGGGGUGUGGAAGGAGGCGCUGGAGAUGCUGAGGCGGAGAAGCAUCACAACGCCGGUGCUGGUGUGGAACGACGCCAAGAGGCACGAGCUGCACGCGUACCUGAAGGAGCAGGUGGAGGCGUUUGAUGCAGCCCUGGGGCGGACGGGGGGCGGCAAGGACAUUCACUUCAACACAGACGACUGCGAGUGCUGCUACACCCCUGCCAGUAACGAUAACGACGUGUGCAAGACCAUAGUGGAGGGGGUUCACCUAGAGGUCCUGUUACAGCCCUCUGACGACUCCUCCCCGGCUCUAGCGGCCCACUGGAAGCUGGACGACCCAGCAGCUCUCUUCACCGCCACGCUGCAGGCGCUGCUGCUCUGCUUCACGCCGCUCUACGGCACGUGCGAGCUGCCCGAGAUCGAGCCGCGUCUGGCGGUAGAUGCGCUGACGUGGAUGUACGAGCGGCAUGAGGGGGAGCUUCGCGGCGUGGUGGAGAACUUGCACGUGGUGGAGCUCUUUGUGGCGAUGCUGCGUGAGGCCAUAGACAACGACCACGUGGUGUUUGCAUUCAAGUCGCUGCUUCUGCUGUGCAUCAUUCUCGAGAGGGCUGGUCGCCCCGCCGUCUCCCGGUUCGUGAAGGCGGGAGGCAUGUCUAUCAUCCUGCCCCUCAUGGUCAACUCGCUCGCCAAGUGCUGCAAGGACGAGACUCUGUUUGAGUGUGAUGCGCCGAGUGUGAAAGACCGAGGGGCGAUCGAGGUGGUGCCGGUGGUGGGAGCGGAUGGCGAGGUGCGGAUGGCGCGCGUGCCGUCUGGGCGGCAGGCGAAGGAGGGCGGCGCGAGCACUGUUCAUCACGGGGGGAGCGUGGAGGCGAGGGAUGCGAUCAAGUGGCAGGAUGAGAGUGUGCCGGAGAAGCUACAGCUGGGGAUGGCUCUUGAACUGCUGGAAACUGUCCUAGAUGUCACUGAGGUGCCGGGAGGCUUGGAGAGGUACCCACCGCCCCUUCCUCUGGAGGACCUGGCUCGGCCGGAGCUGUUGUGCAGCCUCGUGCAGCUCCUGCUGCGGGCCAAGUCCCCCACCUUCAGGAGGAUUCUCGAGGUGCUGUCCAUCAUGUGCCGCGGCAACAAGCAGGCGGCGAGUGAGCUAUGCCGCUUUGGGUGCUUCCCCAUGCUGCUGUGGAAGGUGGUGGCAGGAGACAUCAGCCACGACGACCGCACCCGCAUCCUCAAAUUCCUUGCCCGCACACACCUCCUGCAGGACCCAUCCGCCUUAGAGCAUGCGCCAGUGAAGGGGCUAGUGGUGGUGGAGCAUCUGCCGUGGCACGAGAGCAUUCUCCGGCUGUACCUCCCUGCUGGGCUCGUCUCGAAGCUCAUUCAAGAGGGCGCGGAGCUGUUCCUAUCCAACCUGGAGACGGAGGACAUAGACACGCCCGAGAUUGUGUGGAACGAAGACAUGAAAGAGCGCCUGCGAUGCUUCCUGGAAGCGGACUUGCAGCCAUACGUGCAGGCACGGGCGGGGGACCCUCACGCGGUCUAUGUGUACGAGCCCAAGCCACCGCUCGUGUAUCCUGAACUCGCAGGCACCAUCUUCGUGGCACCGGUGUAUCUACACAACGUGCUGGACGCUGAGAGGUUCCCGGCGCACCAAGUGUUUGACUCCACGUCCUUCCACCACAGCGUGCUGCGGGAGUACGAGCGCAUUCUGCAAGCCACGUCAGCAGGGGGCGGUGGUGCAGUGACGUGGCGCCAGGAAGCCCCGCGGCUCGUGCUGCUGCUCAAGGCGCAGGCAGUGAUUCUAGACCGGUACCCACAGAUCCCUCUGGGAGCAGAGGCAGAGAGCGUGGUGAUCGACAUGGCGACCCCAGCGCUGCGUGUGUGCAUCGCUCAGAGGGACGACUGCCCCCCUCAGAUGGCCGAUAUCCUGCAGCAUGCUGCUAAGAUCCUCCGGGGGAUUGCGGCUACCAGAGACAAGGACGCGGACGUAUCUCAGCCGUCUAUCAACUUCGCCCUAAGCGUGCUGUCCUGUGGAGCACGUGUGAAGUCGGACGGAAGCUUCCCCGACUCCCCUGCCAAGUCCCCUCUCGAACCCGCUCUCUCCUGCGCCCUCUCCAUCCUCGAACUCGCCGCCUCCUCCAAGGAGGGACGAAAGCAGCUGAGGGACGAUGUGCGGUGGCGCAAGGGCUUCUGGUGGGCGCUGUGCUCUGCUGCAGGGGAGAGCAGCGCGGAUGGGGUGCCCUGCUCGCUGGCCUUUGCUGCUCUCGACUGCCUUAACCACUUCGCUGGGGACCGGGACAUGUGCUACCGGCUGAUCAACCAGGCCCUUCAUCUGCCGCUGCUGCUCCUCGCUGUUCCAUCAGAGUCAACCCUCGAGGAUGAGCGGCGCCGCAAUGAAACAGGUCAAGAGCCCAACUUCAGGGCGAAAGCGCUACAGCAGGUGGCAGCAGAGGUGCUGCGAACGCUCGCAAUCACUCUUGAGCAAGCACUCCCGCCUGAUGGCGAACCUAGCCCCCGAGGCUCUCUGCUGCACAUGCAGCAGUUGGAGCAGCAGCAGCAGGAGCAGGAGCAGGGCGGCCUGCUCUCAUACGUCAUCCCCUGGGGUCUGCUGGAUGCUCUCAAGAAUCCCGAUGCUGGGGCGGCGAAGCUUGUUGCGUUGGUGGGAGCCGACGGCGAGAUGCCGACCGCGAUUUGGAAUGCGGCGGUGAGGGAGGAGCUUAGGGGGAAGGUGGAGGCGCGGAUUAAGAGGUUUAACCUGGCGCAGGCUGGAGGAGGGGGAGGAGGAGGAACGGAGGAGGAAGAUGAAGUGGCGUGGCUGCGCUCGUUCAGGUACGACUGCCUCAAGGACGAAAUGGUUAUUUCAGGCAUCUUCGUCCGGGGGUACGCUGCGGGCAGCUGGGAAAACUUCGACCUGCCCGACGGCCGUGCGUUUCUCAUGGCUCUUCAGGACUAUCUCCGCUCCUCUCUCCCCAUCAUCUCCUCCCAAUCCUCCUCUUCCUCCACCCUCAUCACUCCUCCAUCUCCUAGUAGCAUCGUCACCACCUCAGCAGCUGCCUUUGCCUCACAGCCUCCCACUGUCGCCGGGUUUCUGAUGGUACUUAAAGCCCUGGCGGAGUGCAUUAGGUAUGCGGUAGAGGACGGUAAGAGGGGCAUGCUGGCUCACAUAGACUAUCUCCUCCUUGCGGAGAUUUUGGCGGCUGCCCCGGAUACACUUCCAACUGCCCGGCGGCUGGUCGUGGGCAUCGCGCAGAUUGUUUCAGGUGCCCCUACGAGCCGAGAGCAGCUGCUGGGGUCGUCUUUGCUGCCCGUUUUGGCACGGCAGCUAUGGAGAUCGAUCACCAUACCAGGAACGGGAGUGGAAGAGGGGUUGGUGGCACCAGAAGGGGAGGAGGAUUUCGGGGCGGGGUUGAGUGAACUGGCACUGGCGAUUCUCGACGCGGUUUUGGAUCUAAGUGUGGAAAUGGCAGCAGUUGUGGCAGUUACCAAUCAUUUCAGUUCCAGCAGCCUGCUUCUCGUGCUGCUCGCGCUCUUCCUCCGGGUUCCCCUGCCCCCGUUUAAGGGCACUUCGAAAAAAGCUGCUGGGCAGGCGUGGAGCGAGGCGGAAGAGGCAGGAGUGCUGGACACGGCGCAGUUUCGAGCUGCCCAGAUUCUCGGGCAGCUGCUGCUGGCGGCCUGUGGAGUGCAGGAUCGGGCGAAAUUUAUCGCCGGGAUUGAGGAGGAGGGGAUAGGGUCAGCAACAGCAUUAGGUGAUGGCACGAACGGGAUUGAUAACCUAUCAGUGGAUGAGGAGGUGUUUUCCGACCCUCACGGGGACGUUCGGGAUAUCCACAACCUGAUUUCGCUCCUGGAGCCAGGCGCGGCGCCGGCCGUGCCUCUCAUCUCGGUUCGGGUGCUGUACCUGCUGCUGCCGAUGCGCAUCCUCUCGCUCCUCAUGUCCGAUCCGGAAGGAGCGUGCCGAGCCAUCGGAUCUCCCAGUUGCACGCCGCUGCUUGUGUGGAAUGACGCUUCGGCGAGAAGAGCGAGAGAUGCAAUCAAGAGGGAAGCAGAGGAGGUGCUAAGGAGGCAUGAGGGGGAGGUGAGUGAGGGGAAGCAGCAGCUAGGGCUGCCUAUGUGGGAUCUGGAGGCAGGGAAGGAGCCGGACGGCGGCAGUGUGGGGCGAGGCGGGGAGGAAGCAGCGGCGUUCCGCCCCUUCUUCCUGCAGUACGUGCGCGAGAGCAUCGAGUUGGCAAAGGAUGAAGGAGAGGGAGCAGCAGGAGGAGCAGAGGCUGCGGAAACGUUGUUUUCAGAGCAGGAAAAGGCGGGGUACGUUCCGGAGAUGUACAUUGGUGGGUGUUACGUGGACCAGUUGUUGCGGCAGCCGAGAUUUGAUCUCGGGAAGCGAGUGGAGCUGCAACUGGUGAGGGAGAUUCGCAAGGCUAUAGUCACUGCUGCGCCAAAUGAAGGCAAGAGAUAUGAGGAGUUCACCACUGCGGAUCGUAGAAGGCUGCUUUUGGCCCUGCUCGCGCUUUUCCAGAGCCGCCCGCACCUGCUGACCAUCACCAACACGGACAUCUUCCUGCCCGUGACGGACUUUUUCACGUCGGGCAGCGGCGAAGAGCGGCGCGCGCUGCUGCAGGCCGGCGUGUUACUGUUCCUGCGCAUGGUUACUUCGAAUGACGUGGCGGAUUUCGUCUCUUCUGAAGAGCUCAUCUCGCUUCUGUCGAAGCUGCUGUUGCUGGAGGUACCGGCAGGGAGACAGGGGCAAGCUGCUACGGAUCCGAGGGUGUGUGCUCUGAUGCUCAUGCAGAAAUUGUUCAGACUUUCCUCAAAGGCUGUUGAGUUGGGGUUGCAGCAUCAGGUUGUGGAUCGUCUGGCAUCGCUCGUACUCGAUACAGAGAACUCCAUUAUCGUGCGUGCGCGAGCUGCUGCUGUGCUGGGAGCUAUGGCUGGGGAGAGAAGGCUGGGGCCGGAGAUUACAAGGCAGGCAGAGAGGAUUUUGCCGGAGAGUUACAAGAAUCAUAUCGCUUGGAAGGUGGGGUUUUUGAAGCAAGGGGCAGAAGAGAUCGGGCAGAAAAGCGUGCCGGCACUUUCAGAGGAGAUUGAGGUGAAAACCAUGCGGCACUUACUUAAGUACCCGCUGCCGUGUGCAUGGUGGACAACAGAUAUUCCCGAGGAUGGCGGGAUGGACGGAGGAGGAGGGGAUGGGGGUGGUGGGGAAGGGGAGGAUGGGAACGGCGGUCCCACAGCUGUUGUGGAAGCUGCCUUGAUGUUUCCUGCUGCCAGGCUGGACGCAUGGAACGAUGAGGUGGACGGGGCUCUAAGGCACGGGCUGGCUGCUGCUGCUCUCACCAACACACGGAAUGUGAGGAUUCUGAGGAAGAAACUUGCUGGGGCGAAGGGGGUGCUGGUGGAGGUGGAACUGCAGUUCCAACCUCCCCCAGGUGCUGCCGCGAGAGCCAAGAAGGGCGAGACUGCAAGGACGUCAGUGGAUGAUCCGGCGAAGGCCGCCCGGACGUUCAAGCAGAGGUUGGAGACGCAGCUGGGGGGUAUGCUCGCCCCAGAGGUGUUUGAGUCGAUGGGUAACCCGGCUGUCCGCUCCUCGACGGUUAGAAGCUGGGGGCGGCUGUUCUUUCUUCGACGGUUAGAAGCUGGGGGCAAUGAUAUAGUGGCGGUGAUGGUGUUGUUGGUGCAGUUGCAACAAGGUGGUUUAUGGGGUACUAGCACACCCAUUGCUAGCACGUCCUGCCUCGUGUCGCUCGCUCGGCCAGACGCACUCAAUUCCUGCGGCCGCGUAGCGGUUCAAUCAGCGGGACUGCGGUUAGGUAGUCAAGCGUUGCCGAAUGGUCGGCUGCGCGGAGCAGGUGUUAGCGUUCGAGCGGCGGCCGAUGCGGCUGCGAGUGCUUCCGCGACGGACUCGCGGGCUUCAGAGCUGGUCGAUAAACUGCUGUCCAUGGUGAAGGACUCGGACCGAGGGGCGGCGAUGAGCGACGAGGGCCGGGCGGCAGUGACGGCGAUAGUGGAGCAGCUGGAAGCAAUGGGGCUGGAAGAGCCGCUCAAGAGUCCCUUAGUGUUUGGAGCAUGGGAGGUGGCAUACACAUCUAGACCCACAGCAGCGGGCGGGUACUACCGCAGCAUGCUGGGGCGCACACUGCUGCGAUCCAAGGACCUGGUGCAGACCAUCUACCCGCCCAACGGGGUGGAUAACCUCGUGGAAUUCGACGCGCUCUCCCUGAUCCCCGGCAGCAUCAGCCUUAAAGGCACUUUUGAGCCGCUGGACAACAAGUGGGUGCGGGCGGUGUUUGAGGCGCCCAACCUCGCUCUGGGCGCGCUCAAGUUCUCCUACGGAGGGCAAUCGUCCGUGCGCCUGUCUGUGUCGUACCUCGAUGAGCGGGUGCGCAUUGGCCGGGGAUCCCAAGGCUCCAUUUUUGUGUUUGCACGCCGCACGUAA